AUGGCUUCCAAGCUCACCAGCCUCUGCUUCAUAGCCCUCAUCCUCUUCCUCUCAUUAAGCUGCUCCGCGGCUCGGCCGCUGCCUUCAGCUUCUGAUGCCAAUGCAAUGAAAGCUCAAGAUGAGUUGAAGGAUGUUGAAGUAGAAAAGGCCAUGGUGGAGGAAAGCUGUGAGGGAGUUGGGGAAGAAGAGUGCCUAAUGAGAAGAACGCUUGCUGCUCAUAUUGAUUAUAUCUAUACACAGAAGCACAACCCAUAA